ACUCUUUGCUUACCGACACUCUGAUUGAAUCCAUUCGUGUUUUCGGCAAAUGUGGAUACUGUAAAUGCUGUAAAUGUAAACGAUUUUAACAUUAUUAGCAUUAUAAAAUAUUUAAUCUUUUCUGUAUUGAAAAGAUUUUGUGAUCAUAAAAAUGCCAUGCUGGUAUUAUGAGAAAAAGGAACUGCGAAAUACACCAUCAAUUCAAGAUGGGAUUGAUUAUGAAACUGAAUGCAGAUAUAGAAAAGAGGGUGCACGGUUUAUCAUUGAUACAGGAACAAAAAUGGAUUUAGGUUACAAUACAAUGGCAACUGGCGUUGUUUAUUUCCACCGAUUUUAUAUGUUUCAUUCAUUUAAGAACUUUCCAAGAUAUGUGACUGCAUGCUGUUGUUUAUUUCUGGCAGGCAAAGUAGAAGAAACUCCAAAAAAAUGUAAAGACAUCAUUAAGACUGCUAAAACUUUGUUAACUGACCAAAAAUUUAUGACAUUUGGAGAAGAUCCUAAGGAGGAAGUUAUGACAUUAGAAAGAAUUUUAUUACAAACUAUCAAAUUUGAUUUGCAAGUUGAACAUCCAUAUAGUUAUCUGCUUAAAUAUGCAAAAUGCCUUAAAGGUGAUAAAAACAAAUUACAGAAGAUGGUCCAAAUGGCUUGGACAUUUGUUAAUGAUAGUUUAUGUACAACAUUAUCUCUUCAAUGGGAACCAGAAAUCAUAGCUGUUGCUCUUAUGUAUUUAGCUGGAAAGCUUAGCAAAUUUGAAGUAGUAGAUUGGAAUGGAAGACAACCAAAACAUUUACGUUGGUGGGAUAUGUUUGUUGAAGAUGUUACCAUGGAUCUUUUAGAAGACAUAUGUCAUCAGGUACUAGAUUUAUAUUCACAAGCUAAUAAUACAAAGCCACCAGAUUCACCACCAAUGACACCAUCUAAUGAACCAUGUAGAGAUAGAGCGAUACCUCCACCUCCCACAGAGUCAGCACCUAACACACCAAAUGUAACGCCAGGAAAAUCUACUAAAGUUGAAGCAGCUGCAGUUUCAGCAAAUGGAUGUCCACCUACAGAUGCUACAGAUCCAAUGAAACCAAUGGAUGUACCACCACAUUUUCCAACCUAUCCAACUAAUUUUCCACCUGGUAAUAUCAAUUAUCCGCCAGCCUUUCCUCCAGCAAAUGUUUCGGUACCUCCUCCUCCCGUGAAUGCGAUGAAUCACAUUGUUCCACCUAUGCACCACAUGGGUACACCUGGUGCUAUCAGACCAGCACCGCCUGCUCCUAGUACAACGCAGUCACCAUUUCAACCAUAUCCUUAUCCUACAAAUGCUUCAUAUUUUCCACCAAAUAAUCCAGUUCCUCCAGCACCCGCACCGCGCACGUAUUAUCCACCACAACCUUAGCGAAUAGAAACUCUUGAUACCAAAAAUAUAAUUUUUUUUCGUGUGUGGUUAUUAUAUUAUUAAAUACUUAAUAAUUGAAUUUUUGUAAAUAUUGUAAAUAUUUAAUAUUUGCUAUUGACAGUAAUAUUAAAUGAUAAAGCUUUUACAUUAAAAAAAUUAGCUGAAAUUCUA